AAAGCUUGUAAAUAUAUGUCCCUCCUGUUUUUCCGUAGCCUUUUGCCGUCAGCGUCUUCCUGGAAAAACACACGUGGAUUUCCACUGACUCGAGCCAAGCAAGAGAAGCGAGCCAGCCACAACAACAUCACCAUCAUCAUCAUCAUGGCAAGCCACGGGCUCGACUACGACGGCUGUAACUUCUUCAGGCAGCGCCUCGUUUUGUCUACACUGAGCGGGAAGAGGGUUAAAAUCAGGAAUAUAAGGUCCAAAGACGACAAUCCGGGGCUCCGUGAUUUUGAAGCCAGCUUCAUCAGACUUCUGGACAAAGUGACCAAUGGCUCCAGAAUAGAAAUAAACCAAACAGGUGCCGUGUUAUUCUACCAGCCCGGUUUACUUUACGGGGGCUCAAUAGAACAUGACUGUAAUCUUCAGCGCUCCAUCGGUUACUACCUGGAGGCCCUGCUCAUGUUGGCUCCCUUCAUGAAGAACCCACUGAAGGCAACCCUGCGUGGCAUCACCAACGGCCCCACCGACCCGACAGUUGAUCGACUUAAGUCUACGGUUCUUCCGUUGAUGAAGAAGUUUGGCAUUGAGGGCGAAGGCUUUGACCUUAAGGUGAUGAAAAGGGGAAUGGCACCCGGUGGAGGAGGUGAGGUUGUCUUCACAUGUCCCGUCCGCAAGACAAUCAGGCCGGUGCAGCUUACAGACUCUGGGAAGAUUAAGAGAAUCCGAGGAGUAGCAUAUUCGGUGAGAGUUUCCCCCCAAAUGGGCAACAGGAUUGUGGAGUCGGCGCGGGGAGUCCUCAACCAGUUCAUUCCAGACAUCUAUAUCCACACGGACCACAUGAAGGGAGCCAACUCUGGCAAGUCACCGGGUUUCGGCCUGACACUUGUGGCAGAGACGCUUGAAGGCUGUUUCCUCAGUGCCGAGAUGUCUUCUACGCCACAGGGGCAAGGAGACCCCGUUUUGCCCGAGGAUCUCGGUCGCAACUGCGCCAAGCUGCUGCUGGAGGAAGUUUAUCGGGGCGGCUGCGUUGAUUCGUCCAAUCAGAGCCUGGCGCUGCUCCUGAUGACCCUUGGCCAACAGGACGUGUCGAAGCUUUUGCUCGGACCCCUCUCGCCGUACACGAUUGAGUUUCUGAGACACAUCCGAGAUUUUUUCCAGAUCAUGUUUAAAAUUGAAGUCCGCAAACCUUUAGAGGAUGAACGCAAAGGCGGCGAUAAAGUCCUGAUGACGUGCGUCGGCGUCGGUUACAGCAACUUGAACAAAAGCCUUAAAUAAAACUUUUUCUACAUAAAUGUCUUGGUGUAGUCUUUAUUGAACCGUUUCCACAAACGGACAAGAAAGAAGAAGUGUUCAGUACCAGUUGUCAGUCACCGCAACGGGAAAUGCACUUAAGUUCUUGUGGUUUGUCGGGUUUAACAAAAUAGCUCAAAUUCCACAUUCCUUUCAGUUUGUGGUCUGUCGGACGAUUCCUUUUAUUGGAAAAAGUCCCUUAUCGCUUCCCAGCUGACUGCUAUUUGUCAUUGCAGGAAUUUUGAGGGCGUUAGUCUUGGCCGGACAGAUGUUUCAGGGUGUCACCGUAGCUGCCUGACACUUCACUCUGAUGGACAAAAGUAAGGAAAGUUGAAUAUUAGUCAUCUUUUUUUUUCUUUCUUUUUAAAAAUAUUUAUCAAGAUUUGGCUGUGGAAUGUCUCCGUAUAUAUUGACCUCCAGUUUCGAGUAGAGCGAAUAUCCAAACAGCUUCUUGAACUCCGCUCGAAUGUCCAACAAGUCUAUUUCGGAGCGGCUGACCAGUAUCCGGGUCAGUGUGGACUCUGUGGUCCCUAAACCCUAAAAA